AGCUGCAAAUCGACCCGUUCAUUUGGGAAUCCCACUUCUAUGUGGGUGUACUGGACGCGGUAGCCUACAUUUCGAUUAUUUGUUGUGGCCAUCCUUUCAGGGCUUGAGCUGCUAGUUUCAGUCAGUCGUCCAGUUCAGUCCAGGGGCGGCAAUGAUGAGUUCUUGGUUGCAUCAUUAGUCGCGUAGGUUGCUUCGUUCGUCAUCGUAAAAUAGAAGGAAAUUUUGUUCUCACAUAUGCUAAAGCUGCUGUGAUCUAGAAUCGAUUAGUGAGCCAUGUGCAUUAACAAAUAUGAUGAAAUUCGGGAUGUCGAUCCGGUACCGGUUUUGAGUUUGGUCGGGAUGUGACAAAGCGUGGGAAGUUGUAAAUUCGUGCGUUUAGAGUAGAAAGUUUCCCUUCAAUCAAUAUUUCCCGGAAUCAUUAAAUUUUGAUUGUGAGAUUUGAGGUGGCUCAACUGCUAGAGGGAAAGGUGGCUUUUCGGAACACAAAGAGUUGAGUGAAAAAAUGCUAUUGAAAACCAGUUGGAAAAUCGAUCGCAUUCCAAGGACACCAAGUUCAGUGUGGUUCCAUACUGCAGCUGGUGGCGGAGAGGAGGAGAUUGUUCCGGGUGUUGGUCUGCUGGAGGAAAGUGCUGACACGUGCGCAAGUAACCCACACCUCGGGACCAGCACCACCAUCAGCAGUAGCAUCAUUGCCACCACGAUCACUAGCAACAGCUACAGUAGCGCUUAGUGCGAAACCAUUCCUGCCAUACAAUGCUGCACUUCUACAGUACCAUAGACAAGCAAAGGCCGAGCUAUCCAACUGCAUCGGCACGUGCUUGAGCCGCAAACGCAAACGCACUCCAGAUACCCAGAUGACGAGCGAAGUGACAAGAAAGCCAUCGCCGAUAAACGCCCUUCUGUUGCUUGGGCGACCCGAAGGCAUCUGCCCCGGACAGUUACAGUCUUAACUGACGUUUUGAAUACGUUCGUAGCUAGCUGCACAAGUUGUACACAAUCGGUACCGAGCUAAGAUUUUAAACAAGCAGUUUACUACCAGGAAGGCAUCAGCAAAACAAAACAAUGGACGAGAAAGGGAUCAAGUUUCUGCCCACCACUAAACCGCGGCCCAAGAUUCCCAAAGUAGGAUGGAGACGGGCCGUAUCAGAUCGCAUCCCGGCGCGGCUGGUUCUCUACUUCCUGUCGUGGUCCGGCUUUCUGGUGUCGUUCAUGAUGCGCAACGACAUCAACUUCGCCCUGGUGGCAAUGGUCCGCGACAGCAGCUCCAACUCAUCCGUCAACAGCCACUGUGCUCCGUCGUCGCUGGCCCUGGCGGGGUCAGUCCCGGUGGCCAAUGGUGUCGGUGGUGGCAAUUACUCCGAUUUAUAUAGCAAUUUCACCGCCAACGGCAGCAGCAAUAUCGAUCUGCUGGAAAAUGUCGACUCGUCCGAGUCGAACGAGAAUCUUUACGGAAACUUCGACUGGGACUCGACCGUCCAAGCCAGUAUCAAGGGCUCGUUCUAUUGGUGCUACGUGCUGUCGCAGGUGGCCGGCGGAGUGGCAACGCAGUACUUUGGCACGAAGAGCGUAUUCGGAUGGAGUCAGUUCUUCACGGCAGCUUGCAGCUUGUGCAUUCCGUACGCUGCGGAUAUCCACUAUGGAGUGGUAAUUUUGCUACGUUCGAUUCAAGGAUUCGCCAGUGGACUCACGUGGCCCGCCAUGUAUGCCAUCGUGGGAUACUGGAUACCACCGGUCGAGCGGAGUCGAUUCAUGUCCAGCUUUCAAGGAUUUAGCAUUGGCAUAGGGUUAACGUACCCGUUGUGUGGGUUCAUUAUUGCGCACUUUGGUUGGAGAUUGGUUUUCUACACCACCGGAACGAUCGGAAUGAUUUGGUGUCUGUUUUGGUACCUGCUGGCGUUCAAUACCCCACAGGAACAUCCUCGGAUAACAGCCGAAGAGCUGGAAUACAUUGAGCUGAAUGUGAGCGAAGACAUCAAGAACGGCCAGGGCAUGGAGGUCCCCUGGCGGAAGAUCUUCACCUCGAUGCCAGUGUACGCUAUCGGACUGACAACCUUCGGACGGAUCUGGGUUCACUAUACCUUCAUCAUGUCCGGCCCCGAGUACAUGCAAAAGAUCCUCUGUUUCGACAUCCAGCAGAACGGACUGCUCAGCGGAACACCAUUCCUGUGUUCGUACCUAUCGUCGGUACUGUUCUGCUACAUUGCGGACAUCCUGGUGCACAAACAGCUGAUGACACUGACGAACGUGAGGAAAUUGUUUACCGCCCUGUCGCAGAUCGUUCCCGGGGUGUUGGUGCUGCUGGUUGGCUACCUGGGGUACAACAUCGUGAUCGUGCUGGUAUUGUGGUUCGUAGCGGUUACGUUCAUCACGGCCUCGUACGCCGGUGCUAUGGCCAAUAUCGUGGACAUUGCACCGAAUCUGGCUGGACCAGUGUUGGCGUUCGCGCAGACCAUUCACAUGACGGCAUCGUUCCUGCAGCCCCUCGUGACCGGGGUCAUGGUGACCGAUGCGCAAAAUCUCAACCAAUGGUUGCACGUGUUCGGCGUCAGCUCGGUGGUGGCCAUCAGUUGCUACUUGGUGUUUCAAUUUUUCGGCACGGCCGAAAUCCAGCCAUGGAACUACCCGGUGACAUAUUCGGAGGUCAUCUCGACGGACGAUUCGGCUGUGAUUGCAAAUCAACCGAUGCUCAAGGUGUCAUCGGUUAGCGGCGCUGGGUUCAAGUUCAACAAUGACGACGACGACGAGGAUGAGAAUGACAGCAGUGAUAACUAGGAGGGUGGGUUUUAUGGAUAGGUUUUUUUUAGGAAAAGAAAAGCGGAACAAACUUUAGUGGAUUGAUAAUAUGAGAUUAUAAUGUAUUUGCUUGUGGAAUGUGGUGCCCAUAAAAGCAUAGCUGUCCCAUAUGAAUAGGACCUCAAGCAGAGGUGGAACAGUUAUGCCUUUAUGGGCAGUGUGGAGUGACAACGAGAGAGUUGAUUGGCAAAAAGUGAGACAUGUUGCACAAGGUGCACAUAGAUAGCGACUAGGUAAGUGCGGGAUGCUAAGUUGUAAAUAAUCGGAUUUUCUGACAUUGAACGGAAAUUAAACAUGAACAGUGCACUUUUCAACGUAGGGUUAAGCAAUGUUACGAAUGUAGGUUACUUUAUAAUAAUUACUGAAACAGAAUUCCAACAAUUAAUAAGUAAUAAAAGUGAAACUAUAUACAUUAGAGACAGACAAAUUUAAUGAUUGCAUGCACAGUUACUUAAAGAAAUGCUAAACGAUAGGGUAUUAGGAUAGGAACAAAGAGAGAUGUGCCGUGUACAUAUUAUAUAUUUCCGAAAGUAAAGUUAACCUAUAUUCUUCACACAUGCAGAGAAAACAAUAACACUAAACACAUAACCACGAAAGGUCUUAAUAAAACAGUUAUUAUACUAGUAAAACUUGUUGUUUAGGUUUCUAGUUAACAGGAUCUCACUCGUAGAUAUUGGCAGAGAAAGAAAAUAAUAAAUCUUUUGUAAUAAAUUUUGAACAUCAAACAUA